AUGGAAGUUCCCGCAGUCAGUCGUCAACACGCCACUUUGCUCUUCAACACGGCCCUCGAACAGGGCAAAUGGGACCUCUGCCGUCACAUGAUCCGAUUCCUCAAGGCCAUUGGUUCAGGGGAGGCAGAGACUCCGCCCAGCACACCCACUACACAGGAGCCGAGCUCCACCGGUGGGUUUGAGUUCUUUCGUAACCGCAGCAUCAGUCUCUCUCAGUCUGCAGACAGCAUUACAGCAGGGAAAUUUAACCUGCAAAAGACACUGAGCAUGCCAUCUGGACCCACUUCUAAGGG